CGCCUCAAGGAGACUUGGGGACGCCCGAACCACUCCUUUUGAGUGCCCGGGUGCCGCGGCCACCGCGUGGGUCUGCUGCGCUCCAUGAGGAAGAUGCUCGCCGCUGUGUCCCGCGUGUUGGCAGGCGCUGCGCAGAAGCCGGCAAGCAGAGUGCUAGUAGCUUCCUGUAAUUUUGCAAAUGAUGCUACAUUUGAGAUUAAGAAAUGUGACCUUCAUCGGCUGGAAGAGGGCUCUCCAGUCACCACAGUGCUCACCAGAGAGGACGGGCUCAAGUACUACAGGAUGAUGCAGACUGUGCGGCGAAUGGAGCUAAAGGCAGAUCAGCUGUAUAAACAGAAGAUUAUUCAUGGUUUCUGUCACUUGUGUCACGGUCAGGAAGCCUGCUGUGUGGGCCUGGAGGCUGGCAUAAACCCCACCGACCAUCUCAUCACAGCCUAUCGAGCGCAUGGCUUCACCUUCACUCGGGGCCUGUCCGUCUGAGCAAUUCUUGCAGAGCUAACAGGAAGAAGAGGAGGUUGUGCUAAAGGGAAAGGCGGAUCGAUGCACAUGUACGCCAAGAACUUCUAUGGGGGCAAUGGCAUCGUUGGAGCUCAGGUGCCCCUGGGAGCAGGGAUUGCUCUGGCCUGCAAGUAUAAUGGAAAAGAUGAGGUCUGUUUGACUUUAUAUGGUGAUGGUGCUGCUAAUCAGGGUCAAAUAUUUGAAGCUUACAAUAUGGCAGCAUUGUGGAAAUUACCUUGCAUUUUCAUCUGUGAAAAUAACCGCUAUGGCAUGGGGACAUCUGUCGAGAGAGCAGCAGCCAGCACAGAUUACUACAAAAGAGGAGACUUUAUUCCUGGACUGAGGGUAGAUGGAAUGGAUAUCUUGUGUGUCCGAGAGGCAACGAAGUUUGCAGCUGCCUAUUGUAGGUCUGGUAAGGGGCCCAUCCUGAUGGAACUACAGACUUAUCGUUACCAUGGACAUAGUAUGAGUGACCCUGGAGUCAGUUACCGCACUCGAGAAGAAAUCCAGGAAGUAAGAAGUAAGAGCGACCCUAUUAUGCUUCUUAAGGAUAGGAUGGUGAACAGCAACCUUGCGAGUGUUGAAGAAUUAAAGGAGAUUGAUGUGGAAGUGAGGAAAGAAAUCGAGGAUGCUGCCCAGUUUGCUACAGCUGAUCCAGAGCCACCCUUGGAGGAACUAGGCUUUCACAUCUACAGCAGUGAUCCUCCCUUUGAAGUGCGUGGUGCCAACCAGUGGAUCAAGUUUAAGUCAGUCAGUUAAUGGGAGACUGUGAAAUGGAUGGCCGCUCAUCAUCCACUCUUGGUUCAGUGUGAGGACUCCUGCGUUUGUCUUCUGUGCUGGGAGACUGCAUGCCAGAGCCUACAGAGGACACCACCGCUGCAAAACAGGAGUUUCCAUAAGAAAAGCAAACUUAAAACAGCAACCUUCCAAGCAGGAGAAGCAAGCAUUUGAUCUACAGGAUUACAUUUGCCAGCUACUCUUUCCAAUAUAAUCUCUAACUUAUUCAAAUGUGUUUGUCUUUGUCUGGACCUGGUGCCAUAGGAGUGUUGGUGGCUCUGUGUAGAGGUGUGGGCAUUUUAAACAAGAGUGAAAAGAUAAUUUCAUUAAGAUCG